CGACCGAAAGUUCACGGUGAAGAAUGUUGUACAACUUCGAGAUUUGCGCUUCACUGCGGAUCGUGACGUCGCCGGGAGCGUAAACCAUGCUCGACACCCUGCUAUGUCAACGUUUAUACAACAGUUUGCGGAGGAUCCUGAUCGCGCUAUCUCGGGUCUCUCCGCUAGGUUAGGCACCCGUCCGGAUCCGUACGACAUUGCGCAGAUCUUGUCCCGUGCCCCAGCCAUCGAUCGUGCCCGUCUGGGAGAAUACUUCUGCCGCCGUUCGUCGCGACCUGUCCUCAAAGCAUACGCGGAUGCCUUCGGCCUGUCUGGUCUCCGCAUCGACAAGGCACUCCGUUGCUUCCUCCAGUCAAUUGUCGUCCCGGCCAAGUUCCCGAACUGCAGUCCAUUAGAGUAUCUUAGCGAUGCUUUCGCGGGUCGAUGGUACGAGGCGAACGCAUCGCGCGUUGCCUUCGACAAGGACAUGGCUAUUCGCCUGUGCCGCGCCAUCAUCCAGCUCAAUCAGGUUCUCUACGGCGGUGUUGCCGGACAUCGCCCGUUCUCCGAGCAUGGACGUCGAGAGGUUUCCGGGUCCGCCUUCAUCUCCGCUUUCAAGCAGCAUGACCGCAGCGGGUUGGUACCAGAGGACACUUUGGGCGAUAUCUACCGCUCCAUCCAUCUUGAGCGCUUGUCGCAAGUGCACGAUCCUUUAGAUGGGAAGCCUAGCAUCCUCGUUAACGUCAAACGAGCCGUCCCAACACAUCUGACCUACAAUUCAUGGUCGGACCCCGUGGUUAUACGACUGCCGCAACCAGAUCCAAACUUUUACAUCGAACUGUUUGGGGAGGAUCUUGUCUUCGAACCCGCGGUCCUCACUUUCGCGAGGUCAGCUGAGGGGUCAUUCCGAGUGAAGGGCAAAGCGUUCGGAUCACGCGUCAUGUACAUGGUUCGCUCUGGCCUCCAUGCUCCACUGUAUACCGGCCUACCUCUCAGCAGCACUGUCACUGUCGAGCGCGCGUUCAUGCGACACACCUUCCAGCUCGCGUUUCUCAAUCAUCAAGGCCUGAAGCGGAAGUACAUGUUCAGCCUCGACGACCCAUUAAAACGCCACCAAUGGACGGUAUCGCUGAAGCGACAGAUCGAGGCUGUGGCCGAUGCUCCGUUAGGUGACAAUCCGGCACCUGCGCCUAGCAGAUUCCACCGAGCGGCAGAUGCUGUAGCGUUCAAAGUACUCCAGGACACGCUGAUCGGGCCUUCUGACUUGUCGGUGGCCGCAUUGGCCAUUGACAAGGCGCUCAGCAGAGAGGCAGCCUCUCGGCGCUUCGCUCCGGACAGUCGGUUCGCUCGGGCGAACGUUGGGCUAGGGGUGCUCUCUCCGGACCGAAGGGCGUCCCAUGUUCGAUCGAAGUCGCGGAGUAAGAUCUACCAUCGGCACGGGGCGGGCAAAAUGGAGAUGGAGUCCAACGCGAUGAAGGGUCAUAGACCGGAUGCUUCGGUAGACUUCGACGAUGAUCCGCUAUCACGGCAAGCGGAGGGGCCGAUAUGGACGGGCCAGGAUUUGCAGCUGCUCUGUCAGCAAAAUAGUUCUAUCCCACUCGUUCUGUCCUUCCUUCAAGUCGGUUCUCCCGACCACAACAGCUUCCAGUGGUCUAUAUCAGGUGCUGAAUCUUAGCCUCUGUCCGUCAUUAACCCUGGCACCGUUUGCUUUGGACGCCCCCGAGUAUACACCUUUCGUUGCUCUCGACACACGCAUUAUACCGAUCUUGCUCUAUCAUAUACAAUGUCAUCUAACUUAAUCAUCUACGUUAUGUCGUCCCUAUAUUAUCAUGCAUGUACAUGUUCGCUGCAGAUCAGGGUGAGUGAGGAUGUCAGUAACACGACCACCCGUUGUGAAUUCUUGUUUAAGGCAUCAUGUACAGGGAUCAAUUGACUGUUUGUGUGAUCAAUU